AUGGCGGCACAAGGACACAUGCGGUGGUUGGUGUUGACAACGGGCUCUGUUCGGACCAUCUCACCCCUGUGCGCGUCUCUCUCGCGGCACGCCUCUGCCAUGUCAACGUCGAGUGAGGUCGAGGAGCGGAAGCAGGUCCCCUACCUGGCAUGCCUAAUGUUCGAGAUUGAAACAAAAGAGGGGAUCUCAAGCCCCAUAGCUGCCCAGAUAGUUGAUUUCGGUGAUGACGGCCUGGGUGAUAACCUGCUUGCUGUAGUGACCUCUACCUCCGACCCAUUUGCACCCUCCUCUGAGGAUGUUUCAUCCUCCUCCACUGCCACCCCUCCUCUCUGCAGCUACAGCGAUGAUAUCCCAGAAAUGGCUUUCUCCCUGUUACCCUGCUUUGACUCUACACUCUUAGCCCUACUUGAGGAACAUCAAAACGUAUGUCCUUAUACCAAUCUCAUUCCCCCAAUCAAUGAUACACUUGCAGAACCAGGAUACUAUCAAGCUGCUAAUGGAGAGGUCAGCAUAGAGCAAUUCGGCCAACCACGGCUUCCCCAAAGCAUAGAUGAACCCUUGCUGGCAAUGCAAAUGAGCAGCACUUCGCCUAUCUCGAUGCCUCUUGCUCCAGGGUGUGAUGAAGAGUGCCUCACGGCGGCACUAACCAGAGGGUACAUGAGCCUGGAUAGUGCCCUGUAUCCACAAACAGGAGCAAUGAUCCUGAGUUACAACACAGUGGCAUCAAAAUUAGGAUUCUUCAAUGGUAGUGGUGGUAAUAGCAAUGGUAUGGUGGUGUUAGAUAUGAGUGACAUCGGUGAGUAUCAGAGGAUGAUAGAAGGUGAAGGACUGACCAGAACAUAUAGCGACACAGAUUCCAUGCAAGGGGGCUAUAGCAACACUGCAGAGAUUCAGGUAACAUCCGGAACCUAACAUUUAAGUAAUAUCAUGCUGUUUAAUU